UUUUUCUUCUUUUUCUCUUUCUAGAAUUUCAAGAACUGGGUUUUGUAUUUUUCUUUCUUUUCUUUCUUUUCUUUCUUUCUUAUAUCAUAUAGUUCAAGAUUUUGAUUUUAAUUUUAAUUUGAAAAAAGAAAGAAAAAAGAGCAGAGUGUUUGAGUUCUCUCUCUCUCUCUCUCUCUCUCUCUCUAUUAAACAGCAGGCUGCUUGUUUCUUUUGAGCUUUCAAAAAAACUAAAAGUUGUCUCUUUGGUUGGAGCCAAAUCCAAGAUUGAAUGCACUAAAGAGCAUAUAUACAUCUUAUAAUUUUUCCUUUUUUUUUUUUGUCUUGAAUUAGAUCUUGGAAAUUUUUUUUGUUAAUUACUCAAAAUACAAGAAUUGUUUCUUCUUGAUUAGAUCUGUUUUUUUUUUUUUUUUGUUAUCUCUCAUGAAGCCAUUAUAGGAAGGGUUUUUUUUUUUUUUUUUAAAUUUCAUAAUAUUUUAAGAUGAUGAUGAAAGGUAAUUUUUUGUCUCAACAACAACAACAACAAAUUGUAGUGAUGGAUGAAAAUUUGUCCAAUUUGACUUCUGCAUCUGGUGAAGCUACUGCUAGUGUUUCUUCUGCUAAUAAAUCUGAAUUUCCCAAUCAGUAUUUUGCUCCUCAAACAACCCAACAACAACAACCUCCUCCUCCUAAGAAGAAGCGCAACCUUCCUGGAAAUCCCGACCCAGAUGCUGAAGUGAUAGCGUUAUCGCCGAAGACAUUGAUGGCGACGAAUAGGUUUGUGUGUGAGAUAUGCAACAAAGGGUUUCAGAGAGAUCAGAAUCUACAACUACAUAGAAGAGGACACAAUUUGCCAUGGAAACUAAAGCAAAGAUCAAACAAAGAGAUAAUAAAGAAGAAAGUAUAUGUUUGUCCAGAAGUGAGUUGUGUUCAUCACGAUCCAUCAAGAGCACUUGGAGAUUUAACAGGAAUUAAGAAGCACUUUUGUAGAAAGCAUGGUGAAAAGAAAUGGAAAUGUGAUAAAUGCUCUAAGAAAUAUGCUGUUCAAUCUGAUUGGAAAGCUCAUUCCAAGAUCUGUGGCACUAAAGAGUAUAGAUGUGACUGUGGCACUCUCUUUUCAAGGAGAGAUAGUUUCAUUACACAUAGAGCUUUCUGUGAUGCAUUAGCAGAUGAAAGUGCAAGAUCAGCAAUGGCAUUAAACCCUCUUCUCUCAUCUUACAACCACAAUAACAAUAAUAGUAAUUCACAAGAUCAUCAAUUUUGUAAUAAUCUCGCUCUUAAACGAGAUUUCGACGACACCAACAACAGCAACAACAACAACCAUUUGAGAGUGGAAAUUCCACCGUGGCUACAGCCAUCAUCAGAUCAUCUGAUGGUGGGGAGUGGCGGCCAAGGGGAGAACAAUGAUGAAACUGUAAACCCUAACCCUAGUAGUAAUAGUAGUAGUAGGGGGUGCGGGGCCAACAGGAGAAGUGUUGGUGUUGGCGUUGGUACUCCUAAUAAUCCUAAUCAUCCUUGUGAGUUAUACCAAUCGUCUUCACAUAUAUCAGCGACUGCACUGCUGCAGAAGGCAGCCCAGAUGGGUGCGACCAUGAGUAGUACCACUACCACGAGUGGCUCUUUCCCAAGGCCCCACAACCUUCUUCACGUGUCUACAGGUAAUUUUGGAGAGAUAGGAUUAUGGUCAGGUGAUGUUGAAAUUGGUAGAGGAGGAGGAGGUGGAGGUGGAGGAGGAGGAGGAGGAGCUGUGAGUUGUAGCAGUAGUAGUUGUACUGAUUACGGGAAUAAAGCUGCUGCUUCUGCUUCUGCUACUGCUUCUGCUUCCGCUUCGGCUUCCACCACUUUUCUUCACGACAUUAUUAACAAUUCCCUAUCUUCUCCUUCUCCUUCUCAUCCUAACUUCCUCCAACAACACAACUCCUCCUUCCCCGACACCGCUUUCGCAGCUAUGCAUCAUCAUCAGCAUCAUCACAACGUACCCAUCAUCCCCACCACUGCCCCGGCUUCAGGCGGUCGAAGCGACGGUUUAACCAGAGAUUUCUUGGGACUUCGCCCUCUUUCCCAUGGAGAUAUUCUAAGCCUUACUGGUUUUGGAAAUUGUAUUGUUCCUAAUUCCUCCAAUCUUCACCCUCAAAUCCAGAAGCCAUGGCAGGGUUAGAAUUAGUAAACAACUACUUUCUUUCUUAAUCUUUUUUUUUCCCCUCAAAAGCAAGGGGAAAAGAUUAAAUAUGUAGUAAUUGAUAUCUCAUUAUAAGAGAUGAAGAUUAUUCUUAUGUUCUUACCUCUUUUCUUACAUGGAAUAUGUACUUUGACAUUUUAUAAGGUUAAAUUAGUUAUCAUGAAUUUUCUUUUAUAUGAGAA